AUCGAUCCCACCGCGACCUACAUCAUCACGAUCAGAAGAAAACAGCUUGCUGCGAGGAAAGUCACUCCGUAACAUUUUUUUUGUUGGCUUAUUAUUUAAAAUCCGGUGAAGUAACGAAACCACCAUUUCAAUUCUUCGCCCUUUGACCUGUUCCUAGUGUAUGAACCGGAAGCUCCCGUUUGCCCAUCCUAACGGCUGAUCCAGACACAAAUCCUCGAGUCAAAGGACAUAAUGGUGCAUUGGGUGCAACCAACCACGACCGUGAAUCGGGCGGUAAUGACCCCCAUACUCGGGCUAACCAUACUCUUGACUGUAGCCCGUUUAGUGGUGAGGUAUCGUUCGAAGCGUAUGUGGCUGGAUGAUGCAUGGGCGGCCUUCGCCAUGGUAUGCGCCUUCCUGCUUCUCGUUGGAAUGUGGAUAAGGACCGACAUACCUGGAAUUGGGCCUCUGAAUCAGCCCCGGGAAGUUCGGGUAGUUGCUUAUUGGAUGGUGGCAUUGAGUUUCACUAAUACUCUUUGGGCUUCACGCAUGAGCAUCAUAUUCUCCGUGAUACGACUAAUACCCCCAAUGAUGAGAUUACGAAGGAUAUCCAACAUUUCUGCUGUGCUGUUCAUGCUCAUGUGGAUCGGUUUACUCAUACAGAAGACGUACAUCUGCGCCUCUAACACGUCGUGGUUUCAACACGCUGAUCCCAUGUGUCGUCUGGGACAUGGGGUGGCUACUAAUGAAAUUAUCACCGAUGCUAUAUCCGAUCUCCUACUGGCCGUGAUACCCAUACAUCUGCUGCGAGGCGUUAGUCUACAAAGUGAUCAACGAAAAAUGCUGUAUAUCAUAUUUGGUUCAAGUCUCCUCAUCACCCUCGUCUCCGCAGUCCACGCCAUAUUCGUUUUCGGGCCAUCUGGACGCCUUGAAGCAAUAACAGCUGAGGCUCAGGUGCGGUCAAUAUACCACCAAUUUACGUUCGACACGAGAUUCCGACCGACUUUUUUGUCUUUUUUCGUUUUUCUUCCUGAUUAGGCUGCCACCGCUCUCAUGGUCGCCGACUUCGGUGUUCUCGGAUCUAUUGUCUACCGUCGUAUUCGUAAAGGGCUCCGAGACUUCGACUCAAAACCGUACACCUACGAAUUCAGCGUUCACACCAAUGCAUCGAUCCAUAUGCAUCGGGUUCUUCGAGGGACGACUACUCGUUCGACGCAGCUCCGAUUCGCACAAGAUCCCGAACUUUACAACUGGGGCAAUGAAGCUGAUCGGGAUUCGAGCGCUGAACGUACACGGUUUCCGUCAAAUCAGGUGAAAACGUUAGACCUGAAGGAAAUUAGCUCUAUACCCGAUUCGGAUCCUGUUACUACGGCGAAGACAAAGGGCCAAACAUUGGGUACUGCUAUAUAGCCCCUACAUAAAAUACAUCUGACCAUUUAUACUCCCUAAAAUGUGUAAAAUUCUGCCUUUGCGCGAGACGACUUGAAAUAACACAAAACAUCC